UGCCAUGUCGCAUUUGUAAGUGCACGAACAAACAGGACAGAGUAAUACACGACCAUCAGAAGAACAGAAAAAAAACACAGAGUUGAUAUACAAAAACUACACAGCCACAAAACCAACUUCUUCUUACUUGUUAUAACAAAACCAAUUGUAUAAAAAAAAGUGGUGUCGAGAAAUGUUUCCAUUGUCCAUGUUCGCCAUUCGUACUAGCAACAACGUGCUGAAAAAAUCCACACAACUAAUUGCAUUGCAUUCAUCACAAAUUAAUCGACGAUUUAUUGCAACAACCAAAAUGGCACAAAUUAAAGUUGGCGACAAGAUCCCAAGUGUUGAUUUAUUUGAAGACUCUCCAGCAAACAAAGUUAACAUUGCUGAUUUAUGCGCCAAUAAAAAGGUUGUUUUGUUGGCUGUUCCCGGCGCUUUCACCCCCGGUUGCUCGAAGACUCACUUGCCGGGAUAUGUACAGAAAGCCGAUUCGAUUAAAUCGAGUGGUGUCGACGAAAUUGUGUGUGUGUCGGUGAACGAUGCAUUUGUAAUGUCAGCUUGGGGCAAAGACCAAAAUGCCGCCGGUAAGGUUCGUAUGUUGGCCGAUCCAAAUGCUGUAUUCACAAAAGCGGUCGAUUUGAGCGUUGAUUUGCCACCACUUGGUGGUCUCCGUUCGAAACGGUACUCCAUGGUUGUUGAAAAUGGUGUCGUCACCGAGCUGAAUGUUGAACCAGACAACACGGGACUCUCUUGCUCAUUGGCUGAUCGUCUCAAUCUUAAAUAAACAAUAUUGUCGGAUUCAAUACCAAAAUAGAUAACCAAGAAGAAGAAAUGGUACCCUCGCUCUUGAGAUAAUCAAAAAUAUAAAAACCAAUCUAAUUGGCAAUUUAAAAAAAAAAUGUAAAUUCUUUUCUGGCUUUAUUAGUCUAUAUUCUAUAACUUUGUAAAACAAAGAAAUAAAUUUCCGAAUACGAAUUGGAAAAUAAAA